AGCGCAGGGAGAGAGGAGGCGAGAUGGGGAGGAAGGCGUUCCUGGCCGCCGCCUGCCUCUGCCUGCGCUGGGUGGCUGCUCUUGGCGCGGCCCCGGCAGCCGCCGGCGAAGCUGAGACCAAUUUUGAGGGAAUUGAGAGCAAGUUUUCCUUACGGACGCCUGCAGAGCCUGAUGAGGAUGUCUGUUACCUGGUUCCUGGGCAGGUGGACAGCCUGGCACAGUGCAACUUCAACCAUACCAGUAAAACCUUUGUGGUGAUCCAUGGGUGGACGGUGACAGGAAUGUAUGAAAGUUGGGUCCCGAAGCUGGUGGAUGCUCUGUACAAGAGGGAACCCGAUUCAAAUGUCAUUGUGGUGGACUGGCUAAUUCGAGCUCAGCAACACUACCCAGUGUCUGCUGCAUACACUAAGCUGGUGGGAAAGGACGUUGCUAUGUUUAUUGACUGGAUGGAGGAGCAAUUCAAUUAUCCUCUCAACAAUGUCCACUUGCUGGGGUACAGUCUAGGUGCUCAUGCUGCUGGAAUUGCUGGGAGCCUGACCAAGAAGAAGGUGAACCGAAUUACUGGGCUGGAUCCAGCUGGUCCUACCUUUGAGUAUGCCGAUGCCCUCACCCGCCUCUCCCCGGAUGAUGCUGACUUUGUGGAUGUCCUACACACCUACACUCGAGGCUCUCCAGACCGCAGCAUUGGGAUCCAGAAGCCUGUUGGACACAUUGAUAUUUAUCCUAAUGGUGGAGGUUUCCAGCCGGGUUGCAACUUGGGAGAAGCACUCCGUCUGAUUGCUGAAAAAGGCUUUGCAGAUGUGGAUCAGUUGGUAAAAUGCUCCCAUGAACGAUCCAUCCACCUCUUCAUUGACUCCCUCCUCUAUGAAGAAAAGCCCAGCAUGGCCUACCGCUGCAACACAAAGGAGGCCUUUGAGAAGGGUCUCUGCCUGAGCUGCCGGAAGAACCGCUGCAACAAUUUGGGUUACAAGGUCAACAGGGUGAGAACGAAGAGAAACACCAAAAUGUACUUGAAGACCCGUGCUCAGAUGCCCUAUAAAGUCUUCCAUUACCAGGUCAAGAUCCAUUUCUUUGGAAAGACUAAUAUGACCAAGACAAACCAGCCAUUCCUGAUCUCUUUCUAUGGCACUCUAGAGGAGAGUGAGGACAUUGCUUUCACACUGCCUGAAGUCUCCUCAAACAAGACCUUCUCCUUCCUGAUUUACACAGAAGUGGAUAUCGGUGACCUGCUUAUGCUGAAGCUGCAGUGGGAAAAAGACAGCUUCUUCAGCUGGUCAGACUGGUGGACUCCUUUUACAUUUGACAUCCAGAGAGUCAGAGUGAAGUCAGGAGAAACUCAGAAAAAGGUGGUGUUCUGUUCUCGAGAUGGCACCUCGCAUCUAAGUAAGGGAGAAGAGGCAGCAAUAUUUGUGAAAUGUGCAGAUGAGCCCGUCAACAGGAAGAGAGGAGGUGCCAAGAAAGCCUCUAAAGAAAAUUCUGCUGAUGAAUCUGCAUAAGUGACAAGAAUGAAGAUUUUCCACACUGGGGAGGAGGAGAGUCUGUUCAUCCCUGCGGACUGGAUGUUCAGAACCAAAUAUAUAGAAAUAUUUAUCCACUGCUGGCUUUUUGCCUGCUAUUUCUAGCUAUCUUGUAAGGAAGUGUCAGCAUACAAAGUUACUAACCAUAAAGAUACAUUACCCAAAUAAUUAAAAACAAAAAGAAACCUGCAAAACAACUUGCCAAAGGCUUGAGUGCUGGGAAGGAAUAAGUAAUUUUGCUUAAUCAUGGUGCCUUGUGACAAGGUUUCUCGACAUCAAAUCCUCUAUAGCAAUUUUCUAGUAUUUAUUGAAAAGAAGCAAAGCCCUGUACCUGGCUUUUCUUCCUUUUUAGGAGUAUUCUGAAGCUGGACAGGUUUUCUUCUGGCUUGGCUGAAUUUUCAGACAGCUCAGUAACUAGAGUUCAUUGUCUUCAAGUGUGUGUUUAGCAAAUGAGUAGGUUUCUCACGUGAAAGAACACCUUUGCUGUGUGUAUUACUAAAAGGUGUCAGGGACUGACUUAAUAUGGGGAUGAAUUUUCUAGUUUGUGGUUAUGAAUGUGUUUUACUGGGGGUAGAUGCCAGUGCUGCUUAGCAAUAGGUAUGAUCUGUUAAGCUAUAUACUUCUAUGCAGCUUACCCUGGAAUAAAUAGCAGUUGUAGGAGAAGACAGCAAUACCAGUGUCCUGUGCAGACAUUGAAUUUUUCAUGUGUGCUUUCAUUCCUUGAAAAUGAAACCAUCUGGCCUCCAACACUGUGUGAAUAAGGAACUACAAAGGAAUUGAGCUACUAGAAACUGCAGGAAACAGAUUUGUGUGGGUUCCCCCCCGCCCCGACUUGCUUGCAUUCCAUAUGCCAAAACUCUGACAGUUUCUCUGCUCUUUGACACCAAAUGUCAGUCAUGCAGCUGAGUGGCUGCUGUAUGCAGUCUUCAGUGCAAGUGAAGCUACUUUGACAGGUGACAAGCAUGCUCAUGCUUCCCUGUACUGGAAUUAUGACUGCCAGUGACCCACCUUGGUUUGUUGCUUGGCUGUGAUACAGCCGUAGAUCCUAGUAGCUGCUUGGUUUUCUGACUUGAGGUGGAAUUUGGCAAGGAGCAGGAGCUGUGACAGUUAAAAAGAGCCUGACUGUGUGAUGAACAAGAAUGAAUACUCUGAAAAACACUUGAAUUAGACAUGCUGCAAGUUGCCAAAAAUAAAGGGAUUCUGCUUCCCCUUUUUUAAGUAACGUGUAAUUUUUCUAGUGCUCUGAAAGGUUCAGUUAGCCCUCUCUUAGCUUUCUAGAAGAUAAACAAAAUACUGGGGAGGCAGAAGGGCUUGAAGGUAGGGACUUGGAGAAGUGUAAUGUGAGUUAUUGAUGCUGGUUUUUGUAGUCUUCCUGCAUAUGCAAGACUGUGGAGGUGGUGAUUUCACCAAUAUCAUCCCAUCUUGAAGGCAAAACCAACAUGUAUGUGUUUAUGUGCACAGUUUUUGUUUUUGGGUUGUUUUUUUUUUCUCCAGCCAUGGCUGCUAGUAUAUUUGGGG